CAUCUUCGCAACAGAAUCAGUGUUCGCAUUCUGAAAUAUUAAAAGCGUUUUUUUCUGUGUUGUUAUUGGACAAACAGCUGCCUGCAUGUUUUUUCUAGAAGAAUAUUACAACAAAUUUUUAAAUUUACCACCAUCCUUUCAUUUCCAAGCUGCUUUUUCUGAUAAGGAAAUUUUCAAUUUGGAAGCAGAUUUUACAAGCUGUCAUUGCGAAGAAGAUAUCAACAUGUCAUCAGUACCUCAGGGAGCCUUCGCGGCAAAAAAAAUGCGACAAAGAGAAGAAAAAAUCAAAGCUGCUUUGGAUCCCACCCAGUAUAAUAGUAAAUUUAUGAAUAGUAUUUGGGGACAGUAUAAUCGAUAUUCAGUCCAUAAUUUAAAGAAACUAAUGCACGAAAAUACCCUAAACUACUUUGUGUAUCCAGUUGAGAAAUUCUCAGCUGGAGAGCAAAAUACAUUCUUAAGUGAAGUCAAAAAUUCACACAAAAUCUACAAUUAAUUUGAGUCAAGGCUGAAAAUGAAGAUUAUAGAGAAUGUAUAUCUAUCAAUAUGUAACUUUUUCGUAAAUAUAGUUCAUAAAAACAA